CGAGCCAUAAUCCAGUGUGGACGGAACCACAACCUACAAUUACAAAUCGAUGGCCACUCUACACUCACCACGUUUCAUUACACAUUUUACAUCUUUCAAAACCCACCCAACGACGUCGUACUGGAGGCCACUCCAUCUCCACAUUUGCCGCAGCAGCUCCGCUCCCAUGGCCUCCACUACCGACGCCGCAGAGUCUCCGGCCGCCGCCGUGAACUCCGAACCAACCUCCGACGUGCUAGUGCAGUACGUGGUGCUCCGACGAGAUCUGAUUGACACGUGGCCGUUAGGUAGCGUUGUUACUCAAGGCUGCCAUGCCUCCGUUGCUGCCAUCUGGUCACACAAAGAGGAUCCUCACAUUAUUGACUAUUGUAGCCCUGAUAAUCUGGAUUCAAUGCAUAAGGUAACUCUAGAAGUAAAAGGAGAAGUGCAGUUAAAGAACUUGUCCGAGAAGCUUACAAGCAAUAACAUUGCUCAUAAGCUGUGGAUUGAACAACCUGAGAACUAUCCUACUUGUCUUGCUUCUAAACCGUACCCUAAAUCUGUUGUUUCACCGUUCUUUAAGAAGCUGAAACUAUGUAAGUGAUUGAAUUUUGUGCUGCCAUAUUGGCAAAGUUGAAUGUUGUUAGCGUUCGUUUUUAUUAUGAUGAUUAUACAACCUAGCUACA